UGAGCGAACAGCCGUCCAACUUCAGACGGGUUUUAACAUCCAAACCAAGAGGAACUGGGUAACAUCUAGGUUCGGCAGCGGCGUGUAUUUAACACCAACACCACGAUGGCUGACCCGGAGAAACAGCCCGAACAACCUAAGGCUGUCCAGCAGAAGAUGGUCAUCGCUAACAAAGUGACCGGGACUGUUAAAUGGUUUAACGUCAAGAGUGGAUACGGGUUCAUCAACAGGAAUGACACCAGAGAGGACGUGUUUGUACAUCAAUCGGCCAUCGUAAAGAACAACCCGAGAAAGGCCGUGCGUAGCGUCGGCGAUGGCGAGGUCGUGGAGUUCGACGUCGUCAUCGGCGAGAAGGGCCACGAAGCGGCGAAUGUCACCGGACCAGCUGGUGAAGCCGUGAAGGGCUCGCCCUAUGCCGCGGAUAAGCGCCGUGGCUACCGUUCCGCACAUUGGAUAUAUCCCAGACGCGGAAACGGUAGACCGCAACGUAGACCCCGCGAAGGCCAGGAGGGCUACGAUUCAGGUGAAGCAAGGACGGCCGAUGAAGGCAACGCGGCCGAGGGUGGUGGCCAGCAGCCCCAGCAGCAGCGACGCUACAGGAUGCGUCGCCAAUAUGAUGGCUACUACCGCGGAGCACGGCGUUCCGGGCCAGCUCCCCAGCAAGGUGAGAACCCUGGGGAGGGCGGUGAGCAGGCGGAAGGGACCGGCGAAGGAGGUGCCCCACCGCGUGGUGGUGGAAGAGGACGUGGCGGACCGUCACGACGCUACUUCCGUCGUAACUUCCGCGGAGGCAGGGGUGGUGGACCCCCGCGACGUCCUCGCAGCCAGGAUGGCCAGUCGGAGCAGAAGUCGGAUGCACCUAAAGAUACGGAUGCACCUGCCGCUGCCCCUGCUCCACAGGAGAGCCAACCGGUGCAGAACACCACCACUACCGAGAGCACCGCCUAACCGAGAGAGUAACGCUACCACAGCAAAAAACACUCCUUUAAAUAUACAACACCAACACCCGUUAUACACUAAGCAGCAGCAGCAGCAGAAACAGCAGCAGCAGCAACAACAACUAAAAAACAUCAAUAAAAAAAAGCUAAAAGAA